AAAGCUCCUGAAACGGGGCCUGGCCGAGCCCCUGGUGCUGCCCGGCAGCCGCGGCUCCGACGCCGUCGUUUGUGCCAAAGUCACCGACGUCGACUUCGACGGCGCCGCCGAGAUCCUGCUGGGCACCUACGGCCAGGAGCUGCUGUGUUACAAAUACUUUGGGUCGGAUUCGGGCGGUUUUGGUCAAUUCCGGCCGCUGUGGUGGCGCCGCUUCCCCUCCCCCCUUCUGGCGCUGGAGCCGCUGGACCUGACGGGGGAUGGGCUGUGGGAGCUGGCCGUGGUCUGCCUGGGGGGGCUGCACGUGCUGCAGCACAGCCUGGAGCCGACGGCGCGGCUGCUCCGGGAGCGGCUGCGCAGGGAGGUGCAGCAAAAACGGGGCCAAAACCGGCAAAAUCGGGAAAAAACCGCGGAAAAUCGGGAAAAAACCACGGAAAAUUGGGAAAAAACCACGGAAAAACGGGCAAAAAAUGUGGAAAAACAGGAAAAAAACCUGGACAGUUGGGAAAAAACGACGGAAAAUUGCGGAGAAACCACAGAAAAAUGGGGAAAAGACCUGGAAAAAAGAGAAAAAAUGGCAGAAAAUUGGGGAAAAAAUGUGGAAAAUUGGGGGAAAAACCCGGAAAACGCCGAGGAGGAAGAGGAGGGGGGGGAGAGCCCCUCGUGCGUCCCAAAAUCGGCGGAAUUCCAAUAAAAAUUCCCCCAAAAACUCCUAAAAAA